AUGGAACACAAAGAAAACGAUGUAAUCGAACAGAGUGUUGUAAAAAAGACGGGUUGUUGGGCGAAAUUCAAAAGCCUUUUCGACGAUCGAGGCUUCGAUUUAGAAUACGAGUACAAUAAUGGGCAUUCCGCAAAUAUUUCCACAAAUAACACAGAGGAAGGGUAUAGGCGAUUAGAGGAGAGGAUUUCUAUAAGUGCAGAGCAUGAGGUCGUCAGUAAUGAUGGGGAGUUGAGUGGGGUUAUUAAUUUUUAUGAACAAUUCGCGGCAAUAAACGAUGAAGUGAAAGAGGAGAGUGCGGAAAUGCGGAGACGGUCUAUGGCUAGAAAACGGGUAUCAAUGAGACCGAGUAUGUUAUUGACUAAUAUACUUGAGGAGUCGGCUGAUAACGAGUCUGAUAAGCCAGAAGUGAACAGAUCACCGCCUCCCGCACCAAUACCAUCAGCAAUCUUCUACGCACCGCCGGAACCACUAGAAUUACUAUGCGUAUUCCCGGAACGCGCCUCCCGCGUUUGCGCAGCAGCCUGCAACGCAGUAGCGCGCGCUGGCGGAGAGGCCCGGUCCGUGCGAAGCGCACGGGAAGCCCUCGAAGCCUUUCGCAGAGAUCUAGAAACGCGGAUUCCUCAUGUCGUCAUUGUUGAUGCACGGCAGCCGCAAAUUAUGGAUGCUACCUUACUAGCUAGAGCAAUACGAGGGCUGAAAAACACACAACACACCGUUUUGAUUGCAGUCGUUAAAAAAAGGUUAGUCAUCUUCUAG